AUUAUUCCACCCUUCUAUAAGAGAACCAACCCCCAUCCAAAAUGUACCGGAUCCAAUACGGAAAACACGACCACCUCCCCAUCGAUAUCAACGACGAGAACGUCGACGAACCUCUCAUGGAGACCCGCGAUCCCGAUUCCAAUGAACAGCUUGACCGCGAUGAAACUGAAGCCAUUGACAAGUCGAACAUCAUCCGCGGAGACGGUUUACGUCAUGCGAAGCCCCAGACUCAGAACCAGUACAGCGAGGGUCCGGAUGAGGAUGAUUUGCCUGUUUAGAUUGGGUCCGGGAUCUGUCUUGGAUUGUGGGAUUUUGGAAUAAUGACUGUAC